AUGGCUGGGCUACAGCCAGAGGUGCAGCAUGACCAAUCGGGGACCCAGGCCCGGUCACAAGCAGAAGGGCGGCAGGAGCUGCCGGGGGAAGAGCGGCAUGAGCUGCCAACAGGAGGGCAGCUAGAGCUGUCGGGGGAGGGGCAGCUGCCGGCAAGGGAACAGCAAGCGGUAGACGUGGAGAUGACCGAGCUACAGCCGGAGGUGCAGCAGGACCAAUCCGGGAACCAGGCCCGGCUGCAGGCAGGAGGGCAGCAGGCGCUGCCGGCGGAAGAGCGGCAGGAGCUGCCAACAGGAGGGCAGCUGGAGCUAUCGGGGGGAGGGCAGCAGGAGCUGUUUGAGGGGGAGCGGCGGGAGCCGUCGGCGCGGGGGCAGCUGGAGGUCGCUAGUGCGGACUCUACAAGCCAAGCGAAGAGAACCCGGGCACGGGGCCGAGGCGGGAGACGACACGCCCGUAAGACGCAAGGACGGACUGGAAGCGGUGCUGCCGCACAGCAGGCGGAGGGGCAGCCGGGGGCGACUGAGACACCCCAGGGAGCUCCGCGGGUGGGGGGGCAGCCGAGGGUGCCCGGGGCACCCCAGGGAGUGCAGCAGGCAGGGGGGCAGCCGAGGUUGCCCGGGGCACCCCAGGGAGUGCAGCAGGCAGGAGGGCAGCCGAGGGUGUCUGGGGCACCCCAGGGAGAGCAGCAGACAGGAGGGCAGCCGAGGGUGCCCGGAGCACCCCAGGGAGAGCAGCAGGCAGGAGGGCAGCCGGGGGUGCCCGGGGCACCCCAGGGAGAGCAGCAGGCAGGAGGGCAGCCGGGGGGGCCCGGGGCACCCCAGGGAGUGCAGCAGGCAGGAGGGCAGCCGAGGGUGCCCGGGGCACCCCAGGGAGUGCAGCAGGCAGGGGGGCAGCCGAGGGUGCCCGGGGCACCCCAGGGAGUGCAGCAGGCAGGAGGACAGCCGGGGGUGUCUGGGGCACCCCAGGGAGAGCAGCAGACAGGAGGGCAGCCGAGGGUGCCCGGGGCACCCCAGGGAGUGCAGCAGGCAGGAGGGCAGCCGAGGGUGCCCGGGGCACCCCAGGGAGUGCAGCAGGCAGGGGGGCAGCCGAGGGUGCCCGGGGCACCCCAGGGAGUGCAGCAGGCAGGAGGGCAGCCGAGGGUGUCUGGGGCACCCCAGGGAGAGCAGCAGACAGGAGGGCAGCCGAGGGUGCCCGGAGCACCCCAGGGAGAGCAGCAGGCAGGAGGGCAGCCGGGGGUGCCCGGGGCACCCCAGGGAGAGCAGCAGGCAGGAGGGCAGCCGGGGGGGGCCGGAGCACCCCAGGGAGUGCAGCAGGCAGGAGGGCAGCCGAGGGUGCCCGGGGCACCCCAGGGAGUGCAGCAGGCAGGGGGGCAGCCGAGGGUGCCCGGGGCACCCCAGGGAGUGCAGCAGGCAGGAGGACAGCCGAGGGUGUCUGGGGCAACCCAGGGAGAGCAGCAGCUAGGGGGGCAGCCGGGGGUGACCCGAGCACCCCAGGGCGAGCAGCAGGCAGGGGAGCAGCCGGAGGUGCCCGGAGCACCCCAGGGAGUGCAGCAGGCAGGAGGGCAGCCGAGGGUGCCCGGGGCACCCCAGGGAGAGCAGCAGGCAGGAGGGCAGCCGAGGGUGCCCGGUGCACCCCAGGGAGAGCACCAGGCAGGAGGGCAGCCGGAGGUGCCCAGGGCACCCCAGGGAGAGCAGCAGCUAGGGGGGCAGCCGGGGGUGACCCGAGCACCCCAGGGCGAGCAGCAGGCAGGGGAGCAGCCGGAGGUGCCCGGGGCACCCCAGGGAGUGCAGCAGGCAGGAGGGCAGCCGAGGGUGCCCGGGGAACCCCAGGGAGCGCAGCAGGCAGGAGGGAAGCCGAGGGUGCCUUGGGCAACCCAGGGAGUGCAGCAGGCAGGAGGGCAGCCGAGGGUGCCCGGGAAACCCCAGGGAGCGCAGGAGGCAGGAGGGCGAGGGUGCCCGGGGCACUCCAGGGAGAGCAGCAGGCAGGGGGGCAGCCGGAGGCCGCCUUCCCCAUGCCCCCGUUUUCCGUGUGACACGUGUUUCCAUACUUUCGCUACGCGAGGGGCCGCUGCGAACCACAUGAGGGUAUGCCGGGCGGCUGAGGCGGAGAGGCGUGCACAGGCUCUCGGCUCGAUUCCGUCUCUGGUGGAGACCGACACGCAGGAGCGACCGGCGCCGCGGGAGUUUGGGGACGAGGCGUGGGCUGGGGUCACGUCAUGGGAAUGGGAAACAUUUUUCAGUGUGGAGGCGGUUGGAGGGAGGACAGUGCGCCGGAUUCCACAGCGGGCCAGGUCGGGGGCUUUAGACGCGCUCUGUUGCAUCCUAAAGCGCUUGAAGAGCCAACCGGGGGAUGAAGCCGCUACCCUCCUACUCUUGGCGUUUCCGCGCCUCAUCCUGGCCGUGCCUCCCAAGCCAGGCAUAGGUCAGAAGGCGCAGAUCACAGAGCGGCUGGGUGCGUUCUGGGAGGGGAGGUGGCGGGAGCUAUUCGACUCUGCCAUGGUGGCAGCGCAGCCAGCAGUUCGCCCACUUUCCUACACUUGCUCUGACGAGGACCCGGACGCCAUCCGCCUAUCACGGUGCCAUGGUGCAGUCGCUGCGAGAGAAGCACCCGGCUAG